AUGGAUCAAGGCGUCAGCGACCGUGCAUCCCACAAGUUCUACCAGGGACCGCCAAUCUUGCCGCGACCUGCAGAAGCUCCAGAAGCCCAUGGCUCCUCUGGCGUUUCGCCCUCGCGACAUCUGCCUCGGAUUCAUCAUCGUAGCUGUACAGAGUGCAGCCGCCGCAAGGUGCGAUGCAACCAUCACCAUCCGUGCUCCAACUGUGUCAAGGCUGGAAGCGAAUGCAUCUUUCCCACAUCUAGGCGCACCCCGGUGAGGCGUGAAAAAGCCACCAGACGAAGAGACGAGGAGCUACUGAAAUCGCUACGGAGGCUCCAGCGCCGACUGCAGUCCACCGAGAUUGCACAGCUGGCGGCUCAGGGUAAAGCCGACGACAAUGGCGAUGAGGGCAACUGCUCCGAGGAAAGAACACGUCAAGAUGAAGAAACGAGAAGCCAGCAAAUCAGCCCUUUCGGUCCUUCACCGACAACUCAUGUUGACAAUGUGCCGGCCAAUGCAGAGGAGCCUGCUCGGUUAAUGCUUGAUCACGACCGUAGCCGGUACAUCAGCAAUCAUUUCUGGGCAAGCAUGUCCAGAGAGAUUGAUGAAAUGCGCGACAUCUUGGACGGCUCUUCGUCAGAGCAAGAAACUGACGACCAAGACCAUCAAGACCAAGGUAGUGCGGCGACGCCAAGCUCUCGCCUCUCACACAACAGCCGUGACUUUCCCAUCUUCAGCCCGUCUGCCACCUCACAGUCACUACGGUCUCUCUACCCGAGCUCUUUGGAUUUUUUGACCAUUUUUGACGUGUUCCAAGAAAACGUCGACCCCGUCGUUCACAUCUUCCACCGCCCAACGAUGCGAAAAACCGUCACUGAGGUGCUGCCGCUUCUAGACGGAUCGUCACUAGACCGCAUGACGGAAGUAGUCGUGUUUUCCGUCUGUUAUGCCGCAUUGACUAGUCUAAGCGAUGCAGACUGUCAGAAGCUGUUGAGGGAAGAACGGCACGUAUUGCUCUCGCGAUAUCGGUAUGCGACAGAGCAGUCGCUGUCCAGAGCCCGCUUCUUGGAGUCGCAAAACCUAGGGAUCCUCGCAGCCUUGGUAUUGUUCUUGCUCUGCCUUCGUCGACACGACGACUCCCGCCUCGUCUCCAGCCUACUCGGCGUGGUGAUUCGCAACGCGCAAGCUGUGGGAUUGCAUCGCGACGGCACAAAGUUUCAGCUCUCGCCGUACGAGACAGAGUGGAGACGUCGUCUGUGGUGGCACAUUUGCGUGCUCGACAUCCGCGCCGCUGAAGAUCACGGGUGCGACCCAUCAAUUUACGCCCAAAAUUACGACACCAGAUUCCCGCUCAACAUCAACGAUGACGAUCUUUCUCCCGAAGCCACCAUUGCGCCACCAGAACGCCAGGGAAUCACCGAUAUGACAUUUUGUCUCCUGCGCUUCGAGGUUGCGGUCGCCAUCAGCAAGCUCAACUACCAUGGCCCUGUCGGGAGCCAGGAGCCGGCACUGUCCACGGCUGAGAAAUGUGACUUGGUCGAGACGAUAGAGAAACGCUUUUAUGAACGCUACAUAAACCGUUGCGACAUUACCAAACCAUUUGACUGGGUCUCAGCUGCGUGGGCACGGUUGAUGCUCUCCAAAAUGUGGCUUGCUGUGAGCAAUCCGCUCCAUCCGCAAGACGAUAUCGACGGUGCUGCUCCCCUCAAUCUCCGACACGUAGCCUUUGAAAGGUCCGUCGAGAUGCUGGAACUAGCAGACUCGUUAGAAACAGGACAUAGGGCUGCAAGGUGGCGGUGGCUGUUCAUGACACACGUCCAGUGGCACGCCGUUGUCUUUGUGCUGGCCUAUCUCUGCGUCCAUCCUACCGACGACCUAUCCCCUCGUGCGUGGCUGGUGAUGGAUAGAGUUCGUGAGCGGUGGCCUCGCGAUAGUCGCUCAAAGAAAGGGAUGCUUUGGAAGCCCGUUCAUCGACUCAUGGACCGCGCCCAACAAAUUCGCGCCCGUCAAGGAUAUAGUCCUCCGAAUGAGUGUAAUGUCUCUGGAGGCAGCCGAUUCCGGCAUCACGAUAACUCUCUACCAGGUGUCUCUCCACAAACUCGAGUCUCGGCAACAGCGCCCACAAUGUGCGAAUCUACCACUCAAUCUACAGUCCUUGUCAAAGAGACCCCUGCCUCGCGCUUCAGUGCAUUUGGGACCACUUCAAUCCCUCCGAUGUGUCAAGACGCCGAUGAAACCGAGCAUCACCUCACUACAAGUAUCGAUCUGGCAGACAGUAGCUCCAACCCCAGCUUUGGGGUUUCCGUGCAGCCCCCCGGCGCAGGUAGCCUCCAAGAUCUCCAAGACCCCCAUUCAGACUGGACCAACAUCCUACAUGAGCUGCACCAAGGCUUUCAGGAAGACCCGUACGUCAAUAUGAUAGAUCCUGCGGAGGCGAUGCAAGAGUACAAUAACCACCUCUGGGGCAUACUCUAG